UUUCCUCUUUUUUUUUUAAAUUUUUUUAACUCUACAUCUCCCAUCCGUCCACCAAGCCGCCAGCAAGGACUACGCAAUCUCCUUCUUUCCUGUUGACUUCUGUUACUGGCCUACGACCAAUAGCUCUAGUAGAACAGGAAGAAGAAGAAUUUGAAGAAAAAAAAGGAAAUUGGAAAGUGUCGUGCGUCAUCGAUGUUUAGAUUUUCGUUGAUCGAGUAAAGAAGCUCUGGCAAGAUAUCGCAUAGAUUCAUCAUCGCAAAACAUCAUCUGUAGAAACUAGAAACUUUGAAAAGUUCAAAAUCCAAAAUGAAAGUGACGUGGUGUUGGUUAGUGUGCUUAGUGGCGGUCGUCCAUCAAGUCUCAUCGGCCGCCGAUAAGAAGAAGGCCGGCAAAUCAGGGCCGGCGGGCGAUGACGAUGAAAAAGUGGAAGCCGUGAUCGAGGACGUCAAUGCCAAACAACUGGAAAGAUUGCUGGAAGAGAAGGACUACGUCGCAGUCUAUUGGUAUGGACGGAACUGCCGGCAAUGCGACAAGGUCUUACACGAACUGGAGAACAUUGACGAUGAAACAGAUCAUUUUGGAGUCCAUUUUGUGAAAAUCAACGACAAGAAACUCUCCAAACAAUACAAUGUAAAAACCUAUCCGGCCUUGACGUAUUUCCGCAACAAGGAACCCAUCGCCUAUGAAGGCGAUCUCCUGGAUGAGGAACAAGUUUUGGAAUUCUUGACCAGUCUGGAAGCCAUGGAGCUGCCUGAUCAGAUCGAAGAAGUCAACGCCAAAAUCCUGGAGAAGAUCGUCGCCGAUACGGGCUACGUCGCCGUUCUAUUCUAUCGUCCACAAUGUAAAAAGAGCGAAAAAGUUCUACGCGAGUUGGAGAACAUCGACGAUGAAGCCGAUCAGCUGGGCAUUGCCUUUGUUAAAAUCGCUGACGAAGAGCUCGCUGAAGAGUACAGCCUAGCAUCUCUACCUACUUUGGUAUACUAUCGCAACAGCAUACCUGUCAUCUACGAAGGGGAUUUGAUGCGAGAAGAAGACGUCCUCGAAUGGCUCGUUCAAAAUAAAAAUACUGCUAGUGAGGAGGAAGACAUGAUCGAAGACGUGACAGCUAAAACAUUGGAGACUCUAACUAGCACAGCUCAACACCUGGCUGUCCUUUUCUACGAUCACGACGAUGAAGAAUCGCAGCGGAUCUUGACUGAACUGGAGAAUAUCGACGACGAAUGCGACCAGAAAGGAAUCUCUUUCGUCAAGAUCGACGACGAUCAUGUGGCCAGGGAAUACGGCGUUGAUCACCUCCCGACUCUCGUCUACUUUGAGAACAAAAUCCCCAGUCUCUACCAUGGCGAUUUGGCUAACGAGGAACAGGUGCUCGGCUGGCUCGUCGACCAGCUGGCCUCCGACAUGAUUGAAGACAUCACCGACGAGAUGCUCGACAAGCUCAUCAAGAAAACAUCGCAUCUGGCCGUCCUUUUCUACGAUAAGGACGACAGCAAGUCAACUGCAGUCGUCACCGAACUGGAGAACAUCGAUGACGAAUGCGACCAAAAGGGAAUCUCUUUCGUCAAGAUCAGCAACCCAGAAGAAGCAAAAGAAUACGGCAUCGAUGAUGUACCUAGCCUUAUUUAUUUCGAGAAUGGCAUCCCUUCAAUUUAUGAAGGUGAUUUGAAGAAUGAAGAACAAGUUUUAGAUUGGCUCAUCCACCAAGUGGAGAGUGACGAGAUCGAAGACGUCACCGACGAGAUGUUGGACAUGUUAAUCAAACGAUCCAAACACUUGGCCGUCCUUUUUUACGAUAAAGAUGCAAAAGCCAGCGUUGAUACUCUUGCAGAAUUAGAAAACAUUGAUGACGAAUGUGACCAAAAGGGCAUUGUUUUCGUCAAGAUCGACAAUGAUGCUGAAGCCAAAGAGUAUGGCAUUGACCAUCUGCCUAGCUUGGUUUACUUCGAGAACACCAUCCCUAGUCUCUUUAUCGGUGAUCUGAAGAAUGAGGAGAGCGUAUUGGAUUGGUUGACCCACCAAGUAGAGAGCGACGAAAUUGAAGACGUUACCGACGAGAUGCUGGACAUGCUCAUCGAAAAAUCGCCUAGUUUGGCCGCUUUCUUCUACGAUAAAAACAAGCCCGCACAUUUAGCUGUGCUCAAGGAGCUGGAGAAUAUUGACGACGAGUGCGACAGCAACGAUAUCGCUUUUGUCAAGAUUAGCAAUCUGGAUGAGGCUAAAGAAUACGGUCUCGAUGCACUACCAGCGCUCGUUUAUUUUGAAAACAGAAUUCCAAGCGUUUACGAAGGUAACCUGGGCGAGGAGGAACAGGUACUCACUUGGCUCGUGGAACAGAAGAACAGUGACACCAUCGAAGAAUUGACCGAUGAGCUGUUGGAGAAUAUCAUCAAGACCAACGAAUACGUCGUCGUUUAUUUCAGUGGGCCGUGUGAGGAGGGCCAAAAGUGUGAUUCAAUUCUCGAUCAAUUGGAGGAGAUUGAUGACGAAGCUGAUGAACACGGUAUCCACCUCGUCACAACCGAGGAAGUCGAACUGGCCAAGAGAUAUGGAAUCAAAACUUUCCCAACGUUAGCUUUCUUCCGUAAUCAAGAUCCUCUGAUCUACAAAGGUGACAUUAGUGACGAGAAGAAAGUAUUGGCUUGGUUCACCGAUCAAGGCAACCUCGAAUUGGCUGACCAAAUUGAAGAAGUUAAUGAGAAAAUGCUCAAAAAGCUAAUUGGUUCAUCAGCUCAUGUCGUUGCGUUCUUCUACGAAGAGAAAAAUAAGGAAGCAGUAGCCAUUCUCAAGGAACUCGAGAACAUUGACGAUGAAUGCGACGCACUCAAUGUGGAUUUUGUUAAGAUAUCUGAUCCUGGAGUGGCGCCAGCUUUCAAGCUGACCACCUUACCUGCUCUGAUCUACUUCCGACGUUCGAUACCUAUUCGUUUUAGCGGGGAUUUAGUGGAUGAAGAAGGCGUCCUGAAAUGGGUCACUACCACCAAAGAACAAGACGUGGACGUCAUUGAAGAAGUUGAUGUUGCCACUUUGGAGAAAAUGCUCGAAGAUCACGUCAAUGUCGUCGUAUACUUUUAUGCUAAGGGAUGCGGUAAAACGUGCGAAGUAGCACUCAACCGGCUUGAGAACAUCGACGACGAUGCCGGACGCCACGGAAUUCAAUUCGUCAAAUCGACAUCAGUAAAGACGGCCAGCCGGCUGGGCAUCGACCCACUUCCUGCCUUGGUUUUCUUCGACGACGGUCAGCCGGUCAGAUACAACGGUGAUCCGAGUGAGGAGGCCGACGCUCUGGAUUGGCUGAUUUCCCGUCAAAGCCGUAAGCAAUCGGGCGGAAGGAGGUGCCAAACAGUUGGAAUGGAGGAUCAACAACAGCCGGGCAAACUGCGGAAAUACGAAUGCUGUCCAGUCUCAUCCAAGUCGAAGAAGAAAUCACAGAAGCUGGUCAAAGGGGUGGCCUUCAUCGGCGAUGAAGACGAUUGCGACGAAGACGACUACAUGCGAGACGAUGAUUUCCUCGACGACGAUGACGAUGACAAUGACCACGACUACCAUGACGAUGAUGACGAUGACGACAGCCCGCACCAUAACCCAUCUAUCCCCGAUCCCGACCAGCACGACCACACUAGUUCACCAUCCUCGUCGCCACAGCACGCUCAGUCAUACGAUUACGUUUCUGAUGAUGAGUUUGUCACUGAUGCAGAGGACACUUUCGAAGAAGAUCACGUGCUCGAUUGGAUCCUGGAAAUGCAUCACGGCAACACGAUGAAGAACGUUUCUCGUCAAUCUCUCUUGAGCAUGGUUGAAAAUUAUGACUAUCUGGCAGUUGUUUUCUAUACUGUCGGCGAAGAGGAGAGCGAAAGAGUAUUGCGUCGUUUAGAACUCAUUGACAUGGAAGUACAAGAGUAUGGCACUCUGCUCGUCAAGUGUGAUGAUUAUCUCAUGUCCAAGAAAUACGGCCAUCGUUCCACUCCGGCCCUCGUCUUCUUCCGACAUGGAAAGAUCCUCCAUUUCGAAGGAGAUUUAAUGGACGAAGAAGAAGUUUUGGAUUGGCUGACUGAUCCGGAGAACAUGGAAUCAAUGGAUCGCAUUGAAAGGGUGAAUCGCAAAAUGUUCCAACGAAUUCUCCAGCGAUCGGAUUUUUUGGCAGCUUUCUUUUACAGUGACGUGGAUUGCAAGCAAUGCGACAAGGUGCUGGAAGAGCUGGAACAUAUCGAUGACGAAGCCGAUUCGGCUGGUAUCGAUUUCGUGAAAAUUGAUGAUAAAGAUUUCGCUCGUGAAAUGGGUGUCUUUGCAUUGCCGGCUGUUGUCUUCUUCAGACACGGUCACCUGGAUCCUGUUAUCUACGCUGGUGACCUCAAGAACGAAGAACGACUUUUGGAGUGGCUUCUAAUCCAAAAAGAUCCUACGAGUGACAUGAUUGAAGAGUACGAAGACGAACAACUUGUUGAAUGCAUCCGCAAAUUGGAAUUUGUCGCCGUUUAUUUUUAUAACAAGCAAGAGUGCGAGCAGUGCCUUAGCAUCUUGGAUGAACUGGAGAAUAUCGAUGACGAUACAGACCGUCAUGGCAUCAGCUUCGUUAAAACUCAAGAUCUGAAUAUCGCUACCAACUUUGGAGUUCAUGAAUUUCCAGCAUUGAUAUACUUUGAAAAUCAAGUACCCAGCAUUUACGAAGGAGAAUUAACUUCCGAAGAUGUGCUGCAAUGGCUCAUACAACAGAAGACAGAAGACCGAAUUGAAACUGUGACCAGAAGUAUGCUGGAAAGUUUGCUCAUUAAUGUCCAGUAUCUGGCCGUGUACUUUUACAAGCCCAAUUGCAAAGCCUGCGACCAAGUGCUGGUUGAGCUGGAAAACAUUGACGACGAAUGUGAUUUGUUCGGCAUUCAAAUGGUGAAAAUCCAGGACCCGCAAUUGGCCAAGCGCUAUGGCAUCAAAACCUUCCCAGCUCUGGUUUACUUCCGCAAUGGAAAUCCAUUGCUCUACGACGGAGACUUAAAGAACGAGGACUCGGUGCUGGAGUGGCUGUCGGAUGACGACAAUCGAGAACUGGCCGACGAAAUCGAGGCCGUCAACAGCCGCAUGCUGGAACGGCUCCUCGAUGAAUCGCCUUUUCUAGCCGUCUACUUUUAUGACAACGACUGCCCCGACUGUAAUACCGUCCUGACCGAACUGGAGAACAUUGACGAUGAAGCGGAUAAAUUCGGUAUCGACUUUGUCAAGAUCAACGAUGAAGAAACGGCCAAGAAGUUUGGAAUUAUUCAUACCCCAGCCUUGAUUUAUUUUCGUAAACGUACACCCAUGAUUUAUGACGGUGAUUUGUUGGACGAGCAGCGUGUCCUUAGUUGGCUAACUUCGCAGGAUGUCUUCGAAAUCAAGGACGAGAUUGAAGAGGUCAACCGUAAGAUGCUGGAUAAAUUACUCGAUGAAAACGAGUUUGUGUCCGUCUAUUUUUAUGAAAAUAAUUGCCCCAAAUGCCAGGAGGUGUUGCAAGAGUUGGAGAACAUUGAUGCCGAGACAGACAACUUGGACAUUACGUUCGUCAAAAUUCGAGAUACGCGCUAUGCUCGCAAAUACGGCGUCACCAAGUUCCCCGCCAUGGUUUACUUUCGACGCCGUUUUCCGUCCAUCUACCGCGGCGACUUGAUGGCCGAGGAAGAAGUGCUAGAAUGGCUUCAGAAAAACCGCUUCAAGCAACCAGAGCUCAAUCUUUUCAUGUACGCUCUUGGCGGCAUAACAUCGGGAUUCAUUUUCUACACCAUUUUCCUCCUCUUCUGCUUCAAAGGACCGCAUCAAAAAACUGCCUAAAACUAUCCCCUUUAACCCUUCCCUGCCAUUCAUUAUAUUGUCGGCCUUCUAAACAGGAAACAUACAAGUUCAGAAUUUUUAUUUUACCCAAAGAGACAAAAGAAUCCGAGUGUGAAAGAACAUUUUUGUUUGCACGGAUCAUCGUCUCUUCUCGUGCCUUUUUCCUCCCCCCUAAAAUAAAGACUUGAGGUUAGCCAAUCUGUGUGGUUUAAUCUAUUGUGAAAAACACCUGACGUUUUGCUGAUAUAAAGAAAAAAAACCUUGUCUUUUGGUGUUGAAUAACGACAAGAAAUCGUUGGCGUAAACGCGUGUAACAUUGACUUCAUUUUUGCGGUUUUUCUUUGCCACAUUUUUUUUGUUUGUUUAUCUAUAAUCUACUGUGUGUUACAGCCUUGUGAUGGCGGAUCAAGGUGAAAUGGGGGAGGUAAAGAAAAAAAAACACGACAUCGCGUGUGUGACUAAUAAUAUCUAUGGAGUAAUUGUUCUCCAUCUUUCUUUGAACCUGAACAUGCUUCCUUUUUCAAUCGAAAAUGGAGCUGAAAAAAAAGGGAUUUGACAAUACAAUGAUGAAGUGCUGUACAGUCGAAUUUUUACCACAGUGCCAAUAACAGAUAUGACUUUGUUUGCGUCUUCUUCUAAUUUGAUAAAAUGCAUUUGACAAACCCACUACUGCCUCUGUACUGUUCUAUCGCCAUUGCGUGUCUCUUCGGUUUUUAUCCCUAGCGUCGCACCACUAAUAUCGAAUGAAUUGGCCGUGAGCGAUUCUUCUUUCCGCUGUCGCAUUUUUCUUGUGUUGAUGGGAUAACAUAGUCUUUUUUUUCCGAAUUCAUUUUCGAAAGCCCUCUUCUCCUUGUAUUACUCUAUUUUCCUUUCCCCAAUUCAUUGCCAGUAAGCUGUGCCUUUUUUUUUUUUUUUGCUGUGAAUCAGGUGAGAUCAAUUACACACGACAUGUCACACGUC